AUGGCCAACUGGAGUAUAUUCUUUCUGUUAUUAUGCUCCACCAUUUUUCAUCUUCAUCAAUCUGAAGCAUCUCAUGAUGCAAGAGUUUACAGAAACCUUGCAGAUCUUCAACCUAAGACCCCAAGUCAGACUUACAGAACUUCUUUCCAUUUCCAACCUCCCAAGAACUGGAUGAACGAUCCUAAUGGACCGAUGGUAUACAAGGGAUUAUAUCAUUUGUUCUACCAAUAUAAUCCACUUGGUCCAGACUGGGGAAACAUUGUAUGGGCUCACUCAACAUCCACAGACUUGGUGAAUUGGACUCCCCACAAACCAGGCAUUUUUCCAUCUCAAAAAAAAGGAGACAUCAAUGGCUGCUGGUCAGGAUCAGCCACAAUGCUUCCUGGAGGAGUUCCAGCCAUUCUGUACACGGGAAUUAACCCACAGAAUCAACAAGUUCAGAAUCUCGCAAAACCGGCUAAUCUAUCCGAUCCUUACUUGAUUGAUUGGGUAAAAGAUACUAACAAUCCACUCAUGUACCCAACUCCAGCCAACAGACUCAAUUCCAGCUCAUUCAGGGAUCCUACAACUGCCUGGAAAGGCCCUGAUGGACACUGGAGAGUCCUUAUUGGUAACAAAGUGAAUCGUCGUGGCCGGGCAAUUUUAUACAGAAGCAAGGACUUCGUGCAUUGGAUUCAGGCUCAUCACCCGUUGCAUUCAGCUGAAGGAACAGGGAUGUGGGAGUGCCCUGAUUUUUACCCUGUUUCUUCGAGUAUUCGCCCAGGAAAAAACACCGGCCUGGAUACCUCUGUCAUCGGUGUUGGUGUAAAACAUAUAUUGAAAGUUAGUUUGGAUGACACUAAACAUGAUGUGUACACAGUAGGGAAGUAUGACAUCUCCAAGGAUGUGUUUACCCCGGAUAAAGGUGCCGUGGAAGGCGACGCCGGGUUGAGAUAUGAUUAUGGAAAAUUCUAUGCUUCGAAGACAUUUUAUGAUAGUUUGAAAGGGAGAAGAAUUCUGUGGGGAUGGAUUAAUGAAUCCUUGUCCAAGGAAGAUUACAUUUCACAGGGUUGGUCAGGAGUUCAGGGAAUUCCAAGGGAGAUAUGGCUUGAUAAAUCAGGGAAGCAGCUGAUUCAAUGGCCAAUUCCGGAGAUUGAAAAAUUGAGAGGAAAAAAAGUUGGGCUUGCAGGCAAAUUGCUUAAGGCUGGAUCCACACAACAAGUUGCGGGGGUCACAGCCUCACAAGCGGACGUAGAUGUAUCGUUUUCGGUCCAACUCUCAGAGUUGAAAAAGGCGGAUUAUUUGGACCAAACCCGUCGGCCUGAUGCCCAAUUGCUAUGCAGUCAAAAGGAUGCAUCAAUAAAAGGUGGAUUGGGCCCAUUUGGACUCAAAGUGUUGGCCUCAAAGGACAUGAAAGAAUACACUGCUGUUUUCUUCAGAAUUUUCAAGGUUAAGAACAACAAAUAUAAGGUGCUAAUGUGCAGUGAUCAAAGCAGAUCUUCAAUAAAUCCAAGACCAGAUAAGACUCCAUAUGGAGUGUUCUUAGAUGUGGAUCCUUUACAUGAACAGUUGUCCCUAAGAACUCUGAUUGAUCAAUCCAUUGUGGAAAGCUUUGGUGCGAAGGGAAAGGCAUGUAUUACAUCCAGGGUUUAUCCGACAAAGGCGAUUGGGGAUGCCGCUCGUUUGUACGUGUUCAACAACGGAAUCGCAAACGUCGCCAUUUCAAACAUGAGUGCAUGGAGUAUGGAACGAGCUCUUCUCGAUAAGAAGAGUUGA